UCAGUGUAUUCAAUCCGUCUGAGUGUUGUUGAGAAGAGAGGCAAAAUCAGAGAGUGAUUUUGUGAGGAAAAUUUCUAGAGAUAUUUUUCUUGUGAGUUGUGUGUAAAAACACUUAUAAAUUUUCUCCCAUUAGUGAAAGAUCUGCAGCAGCCCGUGGACGUAGGCAAUUUUGUGUCAAACCACGUUAAAUUUGUGUGUGUUAUUAUUCCGCUUUAUUCUUUCGCUUUCCUGCUAAUCUGGUGAUAAGGAAAUCUUGUGUUGUACAAGUUUUUCCCAACACUAGGGACAUCUAAAAAGAAAACCCCGUGUGAAGAGAUCAAAAAGUGAAGGAAAGGAAUCAAGAGCAUCACAGAGAACCAUUCGAGAGAGGAGCUAAUGUAGUCAGAUAUAAUGACGAGAGGCUUUCCUGAAAGGGAUGUUGAGGAGUAGCUCAAUGGAGAGGUUGGAGGAGGGGACUAGAGGCUGAGGGAUUUAAGGAGCUUAAUGGGAGACUGAACGAUUUGGAGAAGGGACAAGUAAGAGUGUUACAGACUCAGAAGAGGAGACUAAGGAGACAAAAAGAAAUGGUUGAAUGUAUGAAGAAAGUCGCUAAGCUUGAUACGGAAUUGACUGUUGAGGAGAGAAAUCUCCUUUCAGUGGGUUAUAAGAAUGUGAUUGGAGCUCGCCGAGCAUCUUGGCGCAUCAUGUCAUCUAUUGAGCAGAAAGAAGAGUCGAAAGGGAAUGAACAAAAUGUUAAAUUGAUUAAAAGCUAUCGUCAGAAGGUGGAGGAAGAACUUACUAAGAUAUGCAAUGACAUCCUCGCCAUCAUAGACAAGCAUCUGAUUCCGUCUUCUGGCACUGGAGAAUCUUCUGUUUUUUACUACAAAAUGAAAGGGGAUUACUACCGCUAUCUUGCUGAGUUUAAAAACGAUGAAGAAAGGAAAGAAGCAGCCGAGCAAUCUUUGAAGGGAUACCAGGCUGCAUCUAACACAGCCAGCUCAGACCUCCCACCAACCCAUCCAAUUCGUCUUGGCCUCGCUCUCAACUUUUCAGUCUUUUAUUAUGAAAUCAUGAAUUCACCUGAAAGGGCAUGUCAUUUGGCAAAGCAAGCCUUUGAUGAGGCAAUUGCAGAACUGGAUACUUUGAGCGAGGAGUCAUACAAGGAUAGCACUUUGAUCAUGCAGUUGCUUAGAGACAACCUUACUCUGUGGACUUCUGAUUUACCUGAAGGAGGUGAGGAGUUCAAGGGCAGUGAGGAGGCUAAAGAUGCUGCUGCUAAACCUGAGCACCAGUGACGGAGCUGCGACUGGAAGUGUCCUAUACUUGGAGACCGUGAUUUCAACUAUCAUGCAGCAUUUAAGCAUCAUCUUAUAUCUAUUAUAUCCAGGGGUCUCUUCCUAAAAAAAGAUUUUGUUGUUCUUGUUGUUGCUUCUUGCUUCUCACUAGAAUGUGGCAUUGCUAGUUAUUUAUUGGCCACUUUGGCUUUCUCUUUUAUGAUAUUGAUGAUGCUAAUGCAUCUUAUAACACCUAUUUCUUAGGUUAGUAAAAGGUGAGGGCUGUGGUGGUGGUGGACCUGGUGGUGUUGGUGAGAUUUGUUUUAUUUUGUUUUUCCCCCUCUUUUUACCGGUGUUUAAAGGCUGAUGAUUAGUCAAGUGUGCGCUAUUGAAUCUUUUCUCGGUUCAGUAUAUGCUCCUCCUUAAUUCUAA